AUGAUUGGGGUGAUGCUCAGCACCAGCCACGUGCUUCCACAGGCACUGCUGGCCACGCUGCGAGGCAGGAUGCUCAUCUCCUUCCUGGUGGUCCUCGGGGCACCAACGAGAGCCUGGAAGGGACCGAGCCGUGAGCGGCUGCUGCCAACCCCCCGAGCUGAGGAUGGAGAGAAGCUGAUGAGGCAGGAAACCACCCUCGAUAACAAGAUGCUGCCACGUGUCUCCAAAAUGAGGAGGGAUGAUGAUGGCUCUGGGGCAGGGUCUCAUCUGGACAAAGGCAGCCUGCCACUGCUGGAGGGAUCAGAAAGACAAGCACAGCCCUGGCUGAUAAGCCCAGCCACGAAGAGACCUGCUCCCAGGAAAAAGGGGAGGAAGGUGUCCCUGUCACUCGAUGUUGACACUCACUUACUGAAAAUCCUGCUUGACCUGGCCAGAGAGAAGGAACUGGAGGCCAAGGCAGCUGCCAAUGCCGAGCUGAUGGCUCGCCUGGGGCGCAGGAGAUGA